AUGCUUCGUUCAGACAGUUGCACUCACGCGGACGCGGCAUCGCGACGAGUGCAUGCGCGCGGCCCCUUUCAGCCGCAGUUCAACUCGGAGCUAAUCCACAUGAGGCCUAGUAUGGGCUUCAUCCAUACGCGACCAUCGCUACCUUCCGAGCAGAAAGGGACCCGGGAUGUCCUGUUAUCUCCACCAGGUUUGGCUAAGGCAACGCUUGUGGAAGCUGGACUGGAAACAAUUCUGCUCACCAAAGCCUGGAAAUACACUGCAACCAGGAUUUUAGAAUCAAUGGGAUCCUAUAGUCACCCAAUUGUUGGGGUGCCCCAUGGCAACAAUUGGGUGAUCCAACUGCAGUUUGGUGGGCUGGGGAUUAUUGGGAGACCAAGCACUGCCUCGGCUGGCAGUUGGAGGGGCUGGCAUUUGCUGGCUGGCGGAUUUGGCACGGUUUUGAUAAAAACGUGCCAUUUGGAUGACAGAGAACCAACCGGUACUGUGGUCAGAUGCGUGACUUUCGUCGAAGUUGAGCCAGCAUUCCAUGCAAAACAUUUUGCUAAAAUACCAUUCCAACCGUUCUACACAACCUUCAACGAAGUGAUGGGCCUUCAAGCCAUUUUCUGGGACACGAAAUCAAGGGAUUUCAAGGGAAGAUCAACGAUGAAAAGCAUAAUGACGUUUAUUUCUCUGCCAAUUCUUCAAGACAAUGCGAUAGUUUUCACGUUUCCCUUGCCCGGAGGGUUUUAUGAAAGAGACGGAUUCGUGACCACGAAAAGGUCAUGCAUGUACGGACGGCGAUCAUUUCCGACGGCUGUGAUUCGCCUAAGUUACCCUGCAACGCGCUUUGGCUCCGGUGUUCACAGCAUUCAAUUUGAUCUAGAAAAAAUGAACCUGAAUUCCUGCGUGAUGGAUUCUAUCAGAAAGUAUGAGUUCGUAUUUCCAGUCGACCAUGACGAGCUCUAUUCGAUAAACCUCCCGGAACUUUCGACUUGGCAAGAACUUCAGCAGAGGUCAUUCCUGAAAUCCAGUCCAACGACGACAGCGUGUUUCCCGGAGUUUCAAAUGAUUCGAACGAAUGAAGCCGUCAAUUUUGCACGCGAACAUAAACUCAGCAAGGUACUAGACGGGAUUCCGGCGUACUUAUAUUUCAUGAGCCACAUCCACGCGACUGAAGAUACCGAUUCCAGAGGUGCACUUCCUCACCGAAGAAAAUGCAUCCACGACCUCAACUCUGUCAUCACGUUGGAGUUUCAUGGAGGAAGGUCUUGCUUACUUCCGGACGGAAGCUACCGACCCUGCACCACGAGGAUUAUAAAUGGCAACGUGAUGCAAUCAUUUCACUACAAGUCCAAGUGUACGAGCACUGCUGAAGAUUUCGGCAUUCUGUUCUUUCCUUGCGACUUGACCCGUGCCAAAUACGCCUCGCUUGCCAUUAGGAACAACGUAUGGAAAUACUUGCCUGUCGUGAAAUCCCGGAUGGAACACUUCCUGACUGAGCUGAAAUUGGUUUGAGGUCGAGGUUUAAAUUUACUGUACUGUACAAGUACUGUACAGGAUAUUUCAUGCUAAUGAAGUAAAUUUUCAGCUUAUUCUUUGAGCUUCGAUAUUGAACUCGCGAAUACAUAUGAGGCGGCGUUGAAAAUAUUCAUUCACUGUGGAUGUCAAGGGAAAACCUAGGGGAUUAAUAAAUUAUACCUCGACUUAUCCGUGAUG